UGCAUUUUCAUUCCCCAGCCGACUCCUAGAGAGAGAGAGAGAGAGAGAGAGUGAGGAGAGAGAGAGAGAACAGAGAUGAAGACCAUUCUCUCGUCGGAAACCAUGGACAUCCCGGAAGGUGUCAAAAUCAAUGUUAACGCGAAGAUCAUCGAGGUCGAAGGACCGAGAGGCAAGCUGGUGCGGAACUUCAAGCACCUCAAUCUCGACUUCGAUCUGAUCACCGACGAGGAGACCGGAAAGCGCAAGCUCAAGAUCGACGCCUGGUUCGGAUCUCGCAAAACCAGCGCCGCCAUCCGUACCGCCCUCAGCCAUGUCGAAAAUCUGAUCACCGGCGUCACAAAGGGAUACCGGUACAAGAUGAGGUUUGUCUACGCCCAUUUCCCUAUCAACGCCUCCAUCACCAGCGGCAGCAAGUCCAUCGAGAUCCGGAACUUUUUGGGCGAGAAGAAG